AUGUUUCGGUCAACCAAGAAGUUCCUGCUGUUCUUCUUCCUGGUCCUUGCCCUCUUGGGGACCUUGUGUAACGCCCAGUGCUCAAUAAAACCAGCUGACGAAAAGGGAUGCUUUAAACAUGGGAGGUGGCACCGUGUGAAUGCUGUAUGGAAAACUAACAACUGCCAAAGAUGUGAAUGCAAACCAAAAGAAAUGAUAUGCUGCAGCUUAGUUUUUAGACCUAUCAACUACGACAGGGAGAAGUGUGUUGCCAUGUUCCACAAGCGAAGCUGCUCCAUCCGUGUGGUGCACAAGACUGAUCCUGCAAAACGUUGCGAGGUCUUUGCUGGCGUUGGUUAACAC